GUUUUGUGAAUCACGAGAAGGCAGAACCACAGAUGGAGCAGACCCAGAUGAAACUCCGUUCCUCGGCUGCAGACUCGUGAGGGUAAUGAGCCAGGUUGAAGCUUUACGUCAGCGUCGACUCUGGAGACGUCGGAGGCGGACAAACUGGACCUGCAGCUCAUUUCUCUGCUGUUUGUUUCCGUCAGAUCAACAUGGCUGAGAUGCACAGAGUGACAGCGCAGGGCAGGAAGAAAUGGGUCUUUCCACAGAGGAGUGCGACUGAUGAAAGUAAACCGAGUGUUCGUUCUGCUGACAGAGAUGCUGACAGAAAUCUGUCAGUUCCCUUCAGAGGUCACAUCACAGGUGGGAUGCGGCCGGGGAUGAAGAUUGUAGUGAUGGGGGUUGUGGACUCCCGUCCUGACAGGUUCUACGUUGCCCUGACUUGUGGCUGUGGAACAUCCGGAGAACCUCCGUCUGAUGUGGCCCUGGAGCUCUGUGUUCGAUUCAGGGACCGCCAAGUCCUGCGCAGAGCCUGUGUGUCUGGAUCCUGGGGGGACAUCGAAAGAGCCGUCCCUUUCUUCCCCUUCAUCAGAAACCAGCCCUUCAAGAUGGAGAUUCGCUGUGAACAAAGCCGGUUUCUUGUGUUCGUGGACGGGCAGCAGCUGUUUGACUUUUGCCACAGACUGACAUCACUCGGCGACAUCAACACAUUAUGGGUCAAAGGCAGCAUCGCCAUCACUAAACUGGCUUGAAGUAAAAGGACUUCACUGUUGAACACGAGUCCCUUUCAAAGACACGGAUCUCAACUCUUUGGGCACAAACUGCCAGAACUCCCCUUGUCUGAACACGGUCUGUUUUCACUGUGGACAUUUUGGUAUCAGAUGCUUGAAGUUCAAUGAUAAAUGAUAAAUGAUAAAUGAUGAUGAUAAAAAUUAAGAUUUUACAAAUGUGUAUGAUGAUUUGCAAGUAAGUGGUGGUGUUAUAAUACCAACAAAUAUGAAACUACUUUACAAAUAAUGCUUUCCAAGUUAAAUAAAUAAGUCUAUGAACUUGAAACUAUGUGAUAUUUCAAGUUCAUACAUCUAAAAACACAUAUAAAUAUCUACAAUUAUUUGCAUUUAUCACCAAUAUUAAGACUCUUUUCUCUCUAUAGUUUCAGGCUAGAUGUUGAUCUUAGAAGAGGUUAGUUUUUAUUGUUUUCUUCUAUUUUGCACUGAACUACUUAUAAACACAACUGCCUGCUAAUGAUUAAAGUGUAGCACUGAUUACUAAUCAAACCACUGUAAUUGGUCACUGUAAUUUGCAUAUGUUUGGUCAAACUUUUCCUUUAUUUUAUUACAGAACUUUUUAUAUUCUAACAUUUUAGACAUUUUGUAACUUAUUAUAUUGGAUGAUUGUUCCCACAAUGUCCUACAUAACAGUCUGUCUUUGUUAUGUAAAUACAGUCGGGAAUGUUUAUUAACGGUUCCUGCAUUGCCUUUAUAUAUAUUUUUUUAAAUCGACUUUUUAAAAUAUCUGGAGAAUGUAAUGAGAGUAACAGUGCAGUGUUUUCAUGAAACUAAAAGAACCUCAGGAAACAGAUAAACCUAAUAAAGGAAUAAAGACGAAAACAAAAGUUUGGUAAACUAAAAGUGUUUUUUUGUGUAAUUCACCGCUGUCGUAAAUAAAGAAAGCUGUACAUGUG